CUACCUCAAUUCAUCACUCUUCACAUGAUUCCACCACUUUUUUUUUUCUUUUUUUUUCUUUUUUAUUCUGUUGCUGAUGGUCAGCAGGUGUCCGUCCAUCUUUUUCAAGCGCUCACUCCUUCCCAUUUUUGAAUUUCCAUCAGUCACAGAGUGACGACAUCGUCUUCAGCGCUUUUCCCCACCACUUCCUAUGUCGAUUUGGUGGUGGGCGACGUAGUUUGGGGCUUUUUUCUUUGUGUUUGGUUUGGGAUGGCUUCGCUGGCGGCUUCGGUUCGUUGCUCUCAGUUUUCUUCUCUGGGCUUGAAUGCGAAGAGAAUUUCGCGUAAUUAUGGACUGCCCAGGACUCCAUCACUUGUUUCUGCGAGUCCCUUCUCGGCGCUGCCGGAGAUUCGAGUGUCUGCGGCUCCGGUUCAAUUCUCCGGCAAUGCUUUGAAAUUUGCUGGUUGGGAUCCUCUGCUGAGGCGGCAAGGUGGCGCCGGAGUAAAACUUCCUGUUCCGGCGGCUGCAGCUGCGGAUGCCGAUGGUGUUACAAAGCCUUCAAAGAGCUUUGCAGAGAAAUUCCCCGUCCUGGUCACCGGAUUCUUUUUCUUUAUGUGGUACUUCUUGAAUGUAAUUUUCAACAUACUUAACAAGAAGGUUUAUAAUUAUUUCCCAUACCCAUACUUUGUUUCUCUUAUACAUCUCCUUGUGGGCGUGGCCUACUGUCUUGUCAGUUGGGCUGUUGGUUUACCAAAACGAGCUCCGAUGGAUAAGGAGCUCCUGCUGCUCCUCACUCCUGUUGCACUCUGCCAUGCCCUUGGACAUGUUAUGUCUAAUGUGUCAUUUGCAGCGGUGGCUGUGUCAUUUACCCACACUAUCAAAGCCCUGGAGCCAUUUUUCAAUGCUGCUGCUUCUCAGUUUGUUUUAGGCCAUCAAAUUCCCUUUUCCCUCUGGCUGUCAUUGGCCCCUGUUGUUAUUGGCGUAUCAAUGGCAUCUCUGACUGAACUUUCUUUUAACUGGACUGGCUUCAUUAGUGCAAUGAUUUCAAAUAUUGCAUUUACCUACAGAAGUAUAUAUUCAAAGAAAGCAAUGACGGGAAUGGACAGCACAAAUGUAUAUGCAUACACUUCAAUAAUCGCCCUCCUGUUUUGCAUCCCACCGGCAGUACUGAUUGAGGGGCCUCAGCUGAUGCAGUAUGGUUUCAGGGAUGCAAUUGCUAAAGUCGGUCUAACCAAAUUUUUGUCUGAUCUAUUUUGGAUUGGAAUGUUUUACCAUCUGUACAAUCAGCUUGCUACCAACACCUUGGAACGGGUUGCGCCGCUUACACAUGCAGUUGGAAAUGUGUUGAAGCGAGUUUUUGUCAUUGGAUUCUCCAUUGUUAUAUUCGGGAACAAAAUCUCUAGGCAGACUGGGAUUGGAACUGCAAUAGCCAUUGCUGGUGUUGCCAUUUACUCCCUCAUAAAGGCAAACAUUGAAGAGCAAAAACGGGUAAGAUUUUAUCACAUGGCUGAGCACUUUUACCUUAAAAGGUAUUUUUAAAGAAAAAUUAUGGGUUCAUACAAAAAGUUAGAAAAUACCUUUUUUUUAUUAGUUCUUUACAAAAUAUUUAAAGGAUGUUUGAUAAUGAUUUUAAAAAGUGUUUUUAGACUUUUUAAUAUGGAGAAUUUUAAUCUUUUUAAGUACUAAAAAUACCUCAUAGAAUUGUUAUUAAGCACGUUUUAAGAGUACGUUUGAUAGUAAUUUUAAAAAAUGUUUUUAAUAUUUUAAUACUUAAAAUUUUUUAUCUUUUAAAUAUUAAAAGAAUUAAAAAUAUUUUCUAAAAUUACUACCAAACACAUUCUUAAUAAAUAAGUAUUUCAGAAACACUUUUAAAGAAAACACUUCUACUAAUAGUGUGUUUGAUAGUGAUUUUAGAAAACGUUUUUAAACUUUCUAACACUUGAAUGAUAAAAAUUUUUCAAGUGUUAAAAAUGUUAUAAAUGUUUCCUAAAAUCAAUAUCAAACGGGCUUUAAAUGUGCAUCUAAUAGCGUUUUUAUUCAAAAUAUUUUUAGUGAAAGUGUUUUCUCUAUAAAAUCACUUAUCAAAUAUUUUUCUUAAAAACAUUAUAAGUAAUUUUUAAAAAUUUUAAAAAUAUUACUUAAAUUUUGUUUAAUACUUUUUUUUUUUCGAGAAUACUCUUUAAACUAAAAACACUUUAUAAAAUCAUUACUAAAUGACUCUAAAUAACCCUUUAAAAAAAACCACUAUCAAUUGCACUCUUUCCAUUUUCAUAUGUUCCUAGAAUAUGGUUUGCUCUUAUUGUUACCCAUGAGUCUCUCCCCUUUAAAUAAAGAACCAAGCUCUUCCCUUGAAAUAAAGAUUAGGCUUGAAAUGCAUGGACAAAGUCUCAUUUUUAAAAUAUUUUAUUUUAAAAUAUUCUAUUUUUUUUU